AUUUCCUCGCAUCAAAAGACUCGUAGUUUUCACUCGGAUUUAGAGUCGUCAUCUUAUUCACAAUUAAAAUGUCCCAAUCAAAUUGUUACUGCUUAAUUACGUGUGGGAUUUUGUUAGCAUUAUUUUUGUACAAGUUUAUUAACGCAAAAUUGCAAAUCGUACGCCGUUUAGUUAAUUUGAGAAAUUAUUUUGCCAAUGUGUUGGAUAAUUCUAAAAAGGUCGUUGCUCAUCAAGAAUCCUGGAAAUUUGUCCAGCGCUUGAACGCCUAUUCUCAGAGGAUGCAGUCCUGGUAUGAAGAUACCACAAGUGAUGAUGAUACCGAUCAAAACACCGACAGUGACUUGGAAAGCGACAUUAUUGAUAAUAUUCCUACGGGAGAAAAAUUGUGUUCAUGUGCAAAGCAGGGCAGCAGUAAAAGAAGAAUGCGAACGAUUGGAUUACAAACUGAAGAUACUUCAAGUUUGGUUCUUGUGAAUAAUGAGGCUACGAAAUGUUAUCAAAACUCUUGGAGAUGGAAUACUCGCUCCCCUGCCGUCAAAGAACAACUUUGUGAUUUGUCUGCAAUUCGAAGAAUUCAACAGCAACAGGUAGCGAUGCUUCUUCAACAAAAUCGUUACUUUGGGGAGAAAGAGAUGCAUGCACCCUUGAUUAUUUGUACUGAAGCCAAUUCCUACAACAUUUCUGGAUAUCUGCUCAAUCUGAAGCGAAGGGUUUGCAAGUUUUAUGUUUUCGAGGUGCGGCACUUGCCCUGGAAGCUGGAAACGUCCAGCGGAGAUUGGGAUAAUACUGAGAUUAAGAUGAAGAAUGCAAUAUUUUCACUUUUACUGUGGGAUCAAGAAAUUCUCAUGAUGAAAAAAUUUUCAGCCUUUGCUAACUCUUGGGCUAUAAAUCAUUCUGACUGCAACUUUGGGAAAAUUGCGAUUGGUUUUUUAGAGCAUUUUACCUCUUGUGAAAACAUUAUCAGAGUCAACAGCAAUGCUCAGGUUUCCAGACAUCGUGACACUGAAGUCUUUGCAAAAUUGAUCCAGCCUGCUCGAGAACUCAUGUGUUUCAACUUGUCAAGGUUCCGUCAAUACAUUCAAAAUGUAUAUGGUAUAUUGGACUUUGAAGGAAGCCACUCAUUUGUGGACAAUUUCCAACAAAAUGCAAAAGGUGAUGGCUACUUUGCAAAGACAUUUAGAUUCGACUACUUUCUCACUAAAGUGAACCAGAACGUAGCAAAAUGGCGCAAAGGAUGCAAAAAGUGUGACCUCAAAUUUGCCAACAACGUAAACUUCAAGACAGACCUAGGAUCGGAAUCCAGUGAAUCUGAUCUAGACAUCAUGCCAUAUCCCUUGACAGAUAAUUCAUGGUAGUAUUUUUUUCAGCGACUUCAAUAACAGAUAUAGUGUUAAGCAGCAUUACAGAUAAUGCGAAGUUUUAUUUUUAUUUUGAGCAUUAUUCAGCAAUUAUUAGAACUUACUAGUUUAGUUGAACACACUUUUUCUUUCGUUCGUAGUUGAGAUUUCCUCCAGACGCAGUUUUUACAUCGCUGUAACCAUUAAGGUGAACUGGUUUUCCUGCAAGCAUCCCCACAGAGAUGUAGGUGGGAGGGCAGCGGAAAAUUAUCAAAUGUCCACCACUCGUUCUGCGGAUGUCGAAAAUUUCGAACAUUCUGUUGCUCCAAAAGUAAUAACUCCCCUGCUGUAAAAAUUAAACUCAAAAUUAGCUUCAUUUUUGAUUUGAAGUUUACAUAAAAAAUACAGGGUCAAGUGUUCCUGUAAAAGCAGCUUGAAUUUCAUCCGGCGUUCCAAUAAUAACCGUGUUCACAGGUUUUCUAUUCAAUGGAUGCUUUCUCCGUCGGUUGACUGCAUUUGCUGCAGAUCUAUGCAGAGGUUCACGUUGGGUUAGCCAUUCCUCCCACUGUGACCUUCUCCAACUCCGAUAUCCAGCAUCAGGUCCUAAAUAGAUGCACGUUUAGGGGAAUUAGUCAAACUGGAAUUUUAACUUGUUCCCACCUGCCACCCACCCACUAUUCUAUUAACGUUUAUUCGCAUAGCAAAUGCUAAGCUAUAAACUAUUGUUAGUUUAUUUACCGUAAUUUGGGUCCAAGCUGUGAGCCAGCAAAAAUGGGUCCCUUAGAACAAUUUCUCUUGAGUCUUGCUGCAAAUUUAGUAAAACCCGUAAUACGAUGCCUAUGAAAAUAAUUCCUAAAAUUACGUUCCUGGCGGUGGAGCCAAUUCUAUUUGUCGGUUGCAUUUUAGUUUAUUUCUACAUACGUUGGUUAAUUUCAUAUCAUAAUUUCGAAAUGAAUUGCAUUUGAAAUGAAUCGCAUUAUUUAUUUCUAUUGUAGUUAUGGACUGCACAUAAAGCAUGUGAUAGAUUUUCGGAGAAGUUUGACCCCUACCCCCUGGUGUGACCUAUAUGCCGCAUGUUAUAAUUAACAUGGGAUGGUAGGGUGCCUUAACCCUUAACUCCCUCAAAUCGAUCACAUGCUUUUUCCAGUCACUUAUGGCGCUGUCGCUUCUGUUCUUAAACGUCCCUUGAUUUCCACGAUCAACUAUUAACUAUUAAGGUAUUUAUAAAGAGCCCUUAUUUUAUUUUUAAUAAUGUGUUUGUGUUUAAUAAACUUCAAUAGAUUCUCAUGAGUUAUUUCAUAAUUUUGCUUUCCACAAGGUUUUCAAUGAAAUGUGCAUCUAAGGAAAAGUUCAUAAGCAUUGUAUAUAUAUAGCUCUGUAAAAAUAAUUGUAGCACUAAUUUCUCCUCUUUUUACGAUUUUAAUUUAAUUUAUUUAAUUGUGGGCUCGAUUGAGCAAUUCAAAUAUAAAAAGUCUACAUUAAAAAUCUACAUUAAAAAUAAAUUAAA